AUGCGAGAAAAAGCAUACGGUCCUCCAAGAAGAUCCCACAACCAAGUGUACCCUCCAAGGCUCGAGGCCAUCGAGAACCGCAGAAACAGAGUCGUGGUCAACGAGUAUUUGUCCACCAUCACGGCUCAUCUGCAAACCCUCGAAAACAGCUCCCAGGCCAGCGCAGCCAUGAUUGACCUCCAACCAGAGGUUAAGUGGUUCAUGAGACCUUACCUGGUCAACUUCAUAAUACAAAUGCAUGCUUCGCUAAAACUCAAACCCCAGACCCUGUUUUUGUGCUGGAACAUUAUAGACAGGUACUGCGCCAAACGGAUUGCGUUUAAGCAGCACUACCAGCUCAUCGGAUGCACUUCUCUGUGGAUUGCGGCCAAGUACGAGGACAAGAAAUCCAGAGUGCCAACCGUGACCGAGUUGAGUCUCAUGUGUUCCAACGUUUAUGACGAAAGCAUGUUCAAAGAAAUGGAAAUCCACAUUCUCAGCACUCUGGGUUGGUCCAUCGGCCACACUUCGCUUGAAGACAUUUUGCAAUUGUCUAUCAAAUCCUGCGACCACGACGGUAAAGAAAGAUUGAACAAGCCUCUGGAUCAAUACAGAUCAAACUUGCCAACAGUGAGCGCAAUCCUGGCUAUCAGCAGAUACUUGUGUGAGCUAUCGCUGUACGAGAGAGAGUAUCUUAACCACAAGGCCUCUUUGGUUGGUAUCACUGCCCACCUGAUGGCCUGUUCCAUGCUGAAGCUGGAAACCGGAUCUAUGUGGUUGGAAGGUGUCUAUCAAAAAUACCAACAUCAAAAGUAUUUAUUGAAAAACAGACAGCUCCCAACCCCAGUGACCCCAUCCAAGAGCUUCAAAUACUUUAAUGACGACAUGAGCGACAUCAAUGAAAUGGAAACGGAUCAAUUAGAACGUCUUGGCCGUGCCCAAUCCGUGAAUAGCAUCAAUAACGCAUACGGUCCAUUCAUCAACGGAUUCGAAGGAUUAGAAACGGUGUCUGAGGUUCGCCAAAUCUCGCUCAUGCUUCUCAAGUCGCUACUAAACCCACCAGAGGUUCUUAUCGAGAAGUACUCACAGCUCGGCGUCAUCACUGUUAUUAAAAACUUCGUCAGCGAAAGCCACCUUGAAUACCUACAACACAGCAAAGACCUGGACGAUAUCGAAAACCUGUCGCCAGUGACUACUGACGAGCUGUCUAAUGUGCUACUGAACCUUGAGCAUUACCCCGAGCUUGCGCAACUUCCGCGUCCUUCGCAAUUUGCCCAGAUCUACCGUUCUCCAUCGCUCAACAAAUCUGGCUCGUCCCCGUUCAACUCACCUUCCAAGUUCUCGUACAGUUCUAUCUCAUCGCAGACAACAUAUGACUCAACCUACGAGGAUUUGGCGCAACGAAAAAUGCAUUACCAAGCUGCCGCAAUGCCGAGAUAUCCUGAUUCGUCGCCCGUUCUCAACACCCCUAACUAA